AUGAACUAUGGAGCGAUCGGAGUUGUUACUGGCCAUGAAAUAACGCAUGGAUUUGAUGAUGCCGGGGCGUCUUAUGAUGAACUUGGGAACAAGAAUAAUUGGUGGGAUAAGGACACUUACAGAAAUUUUGAAUGGAAAAAAGAGUGUUUCGAUGAACAAUAUGGAAGCAUCGCCGUAGCGGAUCUGCAUGUGAUGAUUGAUGGAAAAAGAACUGAAAGCGAAAACAUUGCUGAUAAUGGUGGAAUGCGGGCAGCUAUAAGGGUUUGUAGUACUCCUAAACAAGCAGCUGAUCGCUUGGCAGAUCGUUCCUCCGAACAAUUCGCUAUAGAAGGAUUGGAAAAAUUCACGCAAAUGCAGUACUUUUUCAUGAACUAUGCGUUUAUUUGGUGUGGAAGCACUCGUCGUGCCACUCUUUUGAAUAAGCUUGCUACAGAUGUUCACCCACCGGACAUGUACCGUGUGAAUGUUGUGUUGUCCAAUCAGCCAGAAUUUGCCAAAGCAUUCAAUUGUCCAAAAGGAUCGCCAAUGCAUCCCGAAAAUACAUGCACCCUCUGGUGAUA